AACUUUUGUCUCUUUCACGCAAAACCUUAACGAGUAGAAAUCUUUAGCCAGUGAAGUCACCAUGUCUGGAAUUGGGAACAAACGAGUGGCGGCAGAGUCGAGCCCCUCAGGGCCUCCAGAGAAGAAGGCCGGGGUUGAAGACUCAGGGACCACUGUGGAAACCAUUAAGCUGGGUGGCGUCUCCUCAACGGAAGAGCUGGACAUUCGAACUCUGCAGACCAAGAACCGCAAGCUGGCUGAGAUGCUGGACCAGCGGCAGGCCAUUGAGGAUGAGCUGCGAGAGCACAUUGAGAAGCUUGAGCGGCGGCAGGCCACAGAUGAUGCUUCCUUGCUGAUUGUCAAUCGCUACUGGAGCCAGUUUGACGAGAACAUCCGCAUCAUUUUGAAACGAUAUGACUUAGACCAAGGCCUGGGAGAUCUCCUGUCGGAACGGAAAGCCCUGGUUGUGCCAGAGCCGGAACCAGAUUCUGACAGCAACCAGGAGCGUAAAGAUGAGAGGGAGCGAGGGGAAACAUUUGAGCCUGCGUUCUCCUUUCUGGCUACCCUGGCCAGCAGCACCAGUGAGGAAAUGGAAUCUCAGCUGCAGGAACGCGUGGAGUCUUCCCGCCGUGCUGUCACUCAGAUUGUGACCAUGUAUGAUAAGCUGCAGGAGAGAGUGGAUAUGCUGUCCCAAAAGCUGAACAGUGGAGAUGUCUCUCUGAUGGAGGAGGCUGUCCAAGAACUGAACACCUGCUUUGCAAAUGAGAACAGGCGGCUACAGGAACUGGCAGAUUUGCUGCAGGAAAAGCACCGCACCAUGUUGCAAGAGUUUUCCAAAUUACAAGGGAAGGUGGAGACAGCAGAGUCUCGUGUGUCCGUGUUGGAGACCAUGAUCGAUGACCUCCAGUGGGACAUUGACAAAAUCCGCAAGCGGGAACAGCGGCUCAACAGGCAUCUGGCAGACGUCCUAGAACGUGUGAAUUCAAAAGGAUACAAGGUGUACGGGGCAGGGAGCAGCCUAUACGGAGGCACCAUCACCAUCAACGCUCGUAAGUUUGAGGAGAUGAAUGCAGAGCUUGAGGAGAACAAGGAACUCGCCCAGAACCGCCUGAGUGAAGUGGAGAAGCUGCGUCAAGAUUUCGAGGAGGUGACAAGUCAAAACGAGAAGCUAAAGGUGGAUCUGAGGCGAGCUGUGGAGGAGGUGGUGAAGGAGACCCCAGAGUAUCGCUGCAUGCAGUCCCAGUUUUCUGUCCUGUAUAAUGAGAGCCUUCAACUGAAAGCGCAGCUGGACGAGGCCCGCACUCUGCUUCAUGGUACCCGAAGUACUCACCAGCGCCAAGUGGAACUCAUUGAGCGUGAUGAAGUCAGCCUGCACAAGAAAUUGCGCACUGAGGUCAUUCAGCUGGAGGAUACUCUUGCCCAAGUCCGCAAGGAGUACGAGAUGCUGCGGAUUGAGUUUGAACAGACACUGGCAGCCAACGAACAAGCAGGACCCAUCAAUCGGGAGAUGCGUCACCUCAUCAGUAGCCUCCAGAAUCACAACCACCAGCUGAAAGGGGAGGUGUUGAGGUACAAGCGGAAGCUGAGGGAGGCUCAAUCUGACUUGAGCAAGACCCGUUCCCGCAGCGGCAGUGCCCUCCUGCACUCCCAGUCCAGCACUGAGGACACCAAAGAGGAGCUGCCUGAGAUCAAACAAGAGCCUGACGACAUCUCUGCUUCAUCCACGGCCUCCAAGGCUCCCCCCGAGGAUACCUCUGAAACCAAGGCAAAGCGAGAUGAGGAGGAGAGGGAGCGCGAGAGGCGGGAGAAGGAGCGGGAGAGGGAGAAGGAGAAAGAGAAGGAAAAGGAGAGAGAGCGGGAGAAGGAAAAAGAGAGGGAGCGGGAGAAGCAGAAGCAGAAGGAGUCUGAGAAGGAGAGGGAAUCUACCAAAGAGAAGGACAAAGGGAAGCACGACGAUGGGAGGAAAAAGGAGGCAGAACUGAUCAAGCAGCUGAAGGGCGAUCUCAAGAAGGCCCAAGAGAGUCAGAAGGAAAUGAAGUUGUUGUUAGAUAUGUACCGCUCUGCCCCAAAGGAGCAAAGAGACAAAGUUCAGUUGAUGGCUGCAGAGAAGAAGGCCAAAGCUGAGUUGGAAGAGCUGAGGCAAAGACUGAAGGACCUGGAGGACAAGGAGAAGAAAGAGAGCAAAAAGAUGGCUGAUGAGGAUGCCCUCCGGAAGAUCCGAGCUGUGGAGGAGCAGAUUGAAUACCUGCAGAAGAAACUGGCUAUGGCUAAGCAGGAGGAGGAGGCCCUGCUCUCUGAAAUGGACGUGACGGGCCAGGCCUUUGAGGACAUGCAGGAGCAGAACAUUCGCCUGAUGCAGCAGCUGAGGGAAAAGGACGAUGCCAACUUCAAGCUCAUGUCGGAACGCAUCAAAUCCAACCAGAUCCACAAGCUGCUGAAGGAAGAGAAGGAGGAGCUGGCCGACCAAGUCCUGACCCUAAAGACUCAGGUGGAUGCCCAGUUGCAGGUUGUACGGAAGCUGGAGGAGAAAGAGCACCUGCUCCAGAGCAACAUUGGGACGGGAGAGAAGGAGCUGGGCUUGCGAACCCAGGCCCUGGAGAUGAACAAGAGGAAGGCCAUGGAUGCUGCCCAGCUUGCCGAUGACCUUCGGGCGCAGCUAGAGCUGGCCCAGAAAAAGCUGCAUGACUUCCAGGAUGAGAUUGUGGAGAACAGCGUGACCAAGGAGAAGGACAUGUUCAACUUCAAGCGGGCUCAGGAGGAUAUCUCGAGACUACGGAGGAAGCUGGAGACCACCAAGAAACCUGACUUGGUACCCAACUGCGAUGAGAUCCUUAUGGAGGAGAUCAAAGAUUACAAGGCUCGCCUGACCUGCCCCUGCUGUAACAUGCGCAAGAAGGAUGCCGUGCUCACCAAGUGCUUCCACGUUUUCUGCUUUGAGUGCGUGAAAACCCGCUACGAUACCCGACAGCGCAAGUGUCCCAAGUGCAAUGCUGCUUUCGGGGCCAACGACUUUCAUCGUAUCUACAUUGGCUGAAUCUCGGGCUGGGUAGAGCCAGAGAGACCUCUCUGUCGCUGACCGUCCAGGCCCCUCUUUCACUUGCAGGCUGGAAACUGCGUCUUUCCAUUGGCUGUGUUCCUUUGUCUAUUUUUUGAUGCAAUUCUCCACUGGUUAGAGAGUUAAAAUGGGGUUAUCUUCUGAUUCUCUCUACCUUGUUUCUUUCUUGGGACUGCCAUCCCAAGCACGAUCCUCCCUCGUUGCCUCUGCUUCUUGGGGUUGAGUGUCUUUGUUUACUUGGGCUCUGAUUCAAACAGCCCAGGUGAAUCGGCCUUACACUGGAAUAUUAGUUUGAAUAGUUAUAAGCCGUCUGUCUGUCUAUGUUUGUCUCUUAAAUUUAAUUUUCAAUUUUGUUUUCUGAAAAAAGAGGACUUUUCUUUCCUGGGCAAGGUCAUUUCCCCCGCAUCGUGUCUGCCCGCACAAACAGGUGUCUUUGUUUUGAGAGGCUUGUGAUAGUUUGACAAUGGCUGCAAUUCAUUCCUGAUUGAAAUGGUUCAGCAUUGACCCUUGUUACCCGUUAAAUAGCUCGGUGUGCUGGGAAGAAGGAACUGCAUGGCGGUGAAGAAUGAAGAGUGACACGGAACCAGCACUGUGCUUCAAACGACGACUCUGCCGCCCUUCUGAAAGGGAACAAAAAUGGCCAGUGAAAUUCUUUGGCGGAGGGACUGGCAAAGAAGGUGCCUUUUCUGUGGGCUUGUGCACCUGGAUAUGCUGAAGGAAGAAGAGGAACUUGGUCUGAUUUGCUCUUCAGUUCCCUUUUGUGGGUCCUACAUGUGACAUGGUAUGGGAACAAGCCUUGGAGAUCAUGUGCACUGCCAUUCCAUGUGUGCCAAGUCUUCUGUGUAAACAGAAACCUACAUAUAUUGACACAUAAAUAAGAUCUCUGUCUGCCCCCCCCCCAACAGCAGAUGGAUCGUGCAUGUAGGGCCUACUCAUGUAGGUGUUCAUGUUAGGCUGUGUGCCCAGUGCAGGGGCUGUCUCCUGUGCCCUGUUCUGCACAGGAUCCACAUGUGGGACUGAAAUACGAUCCAUAUACUCGAGACCAGCUUUCCAUUAAGAGGCCUCCUUGGACUGCCAGACCGGCACAUCCCUCAGAGAAUCUCUCUCCUUACUCUUCUAGAAAAAAAGGCAUUCUGUGUUUUGUUCUUCUUUUGCCAUGAGGGUGAUUGAUUGGAAGUGCAUCUGUUCAAUAAACUCUGUGUCAUUCUGUAAA